AGUUUCCGUUUCACAAUUAGAUUCAGCCUUGCACAUGGUUGUGAAGAAAUAGGAUAAAUUCAAAACAUGACAGCUAAUAUCAAAGUGCAACAAUCGAGAUUUGCGUUGUUAAAGGUAGAAGACGACGAUGACGAUGCAGGGGAAACAAAGUCUUCACAGGGAGGGAAAAACAACCAACAACAAUCGAAGAAUAAAAACAAGAAAAGAAAAAAGAAGACGACCCAAGAUGAUGAGUUAAAGAACAUGGCGUUUGGCCUGAGAGGGGCUAGCAAUCACAGACCACAAUCAGCCCAGAGUACUGACAGUCUAAAAGGUAACAAGGGGGGAAAGAAGAACAAAGGGGCUAAACCGGAGCAAUGGGAGGAAUGGAAAAAAGUGGAUGACCAACAAACAGCAGGAUUUUAUGAAAAAGAUCUACAACAAGCCUUACUUCUUAGCAAGAUGGAGUUUGAACAAAAUAAAAAUCAAAAAGGUGAUUCUAAAACAGCCGGGAAAAGCAAUGACCAGCCACCAGAAGGAAAAGACAGUAAAAAGAAAUCAAAGAAAGACAAACCGUUAACCAUGAGUCUGGAUGAGUUCAACUCAAGUAGCAAGGCAAAAUCUUACACUGAUGAGUUGGAAGAUCUACCCUGCCUUUCUCCUGUCUCUCAUAAGGUGGAUACACCAGAUGCUGUACCAUCAGAUGUCAAGUAUUUUGAUACAGUAGAUGAUGAUGUUCACAAAAUUUUACAAAAAGAAAAAAUACAAGAGGAAUAUCAAAAGCAAUAUGCAGUAGAAAGUGUGAUGUCCAACAAAUAUAAAAACGACCUAAGUAAAAAAGACAAAGAAAUAGAAUUUUUGAGAGCAACUGUAGGCAAACUAGAGGAUGAACUUAAGCAAGUAAAGAAGAGAAAUAAGCAAUUAUGUGUGAUAUUAGCUCAGGGAGAAAUGAAAGACAAGGCAGAGGUGCUGAUGCAGGUGAACCAGCUAGGAGAGGUGAGAGACGAGCUUACAGAACAGGUCACUAAUCUCACAGCUGAACUGGAGAAAGAGAGGUCCAAGGUCCAUGCACUCAAAGCAGAUAUUGACAAACAAAAGGGUGGCAAGCAUGUUGGUAAAUGAAGUCUCAUUUCUUAGAGAAGCAUUUGUGAGUGCUUGAAGAGGUGGUCUGGAGUGGCUUCUGUUUUUGGUUUACCCACUGAAGUGCACAUCUUCAACUAUACAUAGUGCCUGUACUUCACUCCGUCAUCACAUCUUGACAGAGAGGAGAUUAAAUACAUCACAGAUAGAAUAGUCUAGAAACAUUUGUUAUGUAAUGCGACAACAGUUUGGAUUUAUUACAGUGUACAUGUAUCAGAAAAGUAGAGAAAUUGUAGAAAGGCAAAGACAUUUAAGUGUUAGAAUCAGGUCAAUAUUUAUAUUCCUUCUGAGAUUCCUCAUAUCACAAAUGUUUAAGGUAUAGAAAGGUUUAUGAGCCGAUUUUCAAUUUGGAAUCUGAAUUCUGCAGGUGUUACAAUGUUGAGGGUGUUUUUCACAUAAUUCAUGGUGUCAAGUUCUGAGAAGAUUGUUUUAACUCCGACCAACUUUUUAAUUUGCGAGAUACUGUAAAAGUGUCAAUGUUUGCUAAUUUCCUGUUUACAAAAUCAUAAAGAUACAGGCACACAUACGCUCAUUGAAACAAUAGGAACGAAUCAAACAGCAUUGCCUGCAUAUACAAACAUUUCCAACUCAAAGUUCAAAGAGUUGAAAGGCAAACAAAUUUUCUCUUUCACAGUGUAAAAUACUGUAAAUAUACUACAUGUAUGAGAAUCAUGCGACCAAUUAUCAUUUAACCUUUUCUUGAGAUAGAAAUUUCAUUUUCGCAGAAAGAGUUAAUGUUCUUUACAGAAAAUGAUCAUGUUUUAGGUUCUCAAACUUGUCAUGAUGUAUAUUCAUAAAUAAAAAAAUCAUGUUUU